GUGGGACUCGAUCCCAGGACUCCGGGAUCAUGACCUGAGCCGAAGGCAGUCGCUUAACCAACUGAGCCACCCAGGCGCCCUAUCCCAACAUUUUAAAAGUUCUCUUUCAAUGGCUUAUUCUUGGCAUUGGAGGUUUCCUAGAGCAGAGGGUUCUCUGAAGUCUUCAACACAAGGAAUAUGAAAUCCAAAGAUGAAGACUGUGUCAUCAUUAAUAACUACUUUCCCCCAUUCUCAGGAACACACAAAAUCUGUCAAGAAUCUUCCUAAUCAGGGGCACCUGGGGGGCUCAGUCGUUAAGCGUCUGCCUUCGGCUCAGGUCAUGAUCCCAGGGUCCUGGGAUCGAGCCCCACAUCAGGCUCCCUGCUCGGUGGGAGGCCUGCCUCUCCUUCUCCCACCCCCUCUGCUUGUGUUCCCUCUCUCACUGUGUCUCUCUCUGUCAAAUAAAUAAAAAUAAAAUCUUAAAAAAAAAAAAAAGAAUUUUCCUAAUCACUUUAACAAUUCUAUGUUUACAAAUAUAUGUAUGUUAAUUAUAGCUGGGCUCUAUAAAUACUUAAAACCUGUGUGAAAAAAGGAUUUCCACUGAAGUAAAAGCUGUCCCUGUGGUGAAACUAAGGAUUACAUUCAAUCAACGGUACAAACCGUGGACAUUAGUAGUAUAAAACGUGUUUCUAAAGUAUGCGCAAUGGCUGAAAGGAAGACUCACUGGUAUCAGAAUCCAUUACUUACGGUUUGGAGCCACGUGAUGUCGCUGUGUACCAUAAAAUCGAUCUUAACAGAGGGGAAAAAAAAUCCCUUCUGUUCUUAUAAAGAAGCUGCGCCCACCAUCCACAUGCUGAGAAAUGGAGGAUACAGCGGCACUGGACUGAACAGUUAGAAGAUUUUUCUUGAUUUUGAAACAAGAUCCCUUAAUAAAAACAAAGCACUGCGGGCUGGAGAUGGAGUUUUCCUGCGGAAGCAGCCAGGAAUCCCGGCGUCUGCUGCUCUCACUCCUGUUCCUGGCAGCCUGGAAAGCAGGGAGCGGCCAGGUUCACUACUCAGUCCUGGAGGAGGCCAAACACGGCACCUUCGUGGGCCGCAUCGCCCAGGAUUUGGGGCUGGAGCUGGCGGAGCUGGUGCCGCGCCUGUUCCGGGUGGCGUCCAAAGGCCACGGGGACCUUCUGGAGGUAAAUCUGCAGAAUGGCAUUUUGUUUGUGAAUUCUCGGAUCGACCGGGAGGAGCUGUGCGGGCGGAGCGCGGAGUGCAGCAUCCACCUGGAGGUGAUCGUGGACAGGCCGCUGCAGGUUUUCCAUGUGGAGGUAGAGGUUAAGGAUAUUAAUGACAAUCCUCCUAUGUUCCCUGGAACACAGAAGAAUCUAUUUAUGGCAGAAUCCAGGCCUAUUGACUCUCGGGUUCCACUAGAGGGCGCAUCAGAUGCAGAUAUCCGGGCCAACGCUAUGCUGACCUACACACUGAGCCCCAAUGAGUAUUUCUCGCUGGAAAAACCGUCCGAUCAUGAGCGGGUGAAACGUCUUGGGCUACUGUUAAGGAAAUCUUUAGACAGGGAAGAAGCUCCGGAGAUUUUUUUAGUGCUCACUGCCACUGAUGGCGGCAAACCUGAGCUGACUGGCACCGUUCAGUUACUCAUCAAAGUGCUGGACGCCAAUGACAACGCCCCAGCUUUCGACAGAACACUCUAUGCCGUGAAAUUACCAGAAAAUGUUCCUAAUGGAACGUCGGUAAUGAAACUUAACGCCUCAGAUUUAGAUGAAGGCUCGAAUGCGGACAUUAUUUAUUCAUUCUCAACUGAUAUUUUACCGAAUGUGGAAUCCAAGUUUCACAUAGAUCCACUUACUGGAGAAAUUAUGGUAAAGGGAUAUAUCGAUUUUGAAGAAAGCAAAUCCUAUGAAAUUCUUGUGGAGGGUAUUGAUAAAGGACAACCCCCACUCUCUGGCCAUUGUACAGUUAUGGUGGAAGUUGAGGACACCAAUGAUAAUGUCCCAGUAAUGGAAUUCACGUCUUUGUCGCUCCCAAUCAGAGAAGACGCUCCAUUAGGCACGGUCAUCGCCCUCAUCAGCGUGUAUGACCUCGACUCUGGUGCCAACGGGCAGGUGACCUGCACCCUGUCACCCCAUGUCCCCUUCAAGCUGGUGUCCACCUUCAAAAACUACUAUUCUCUGGUGCUGGACAGCGCCCUGGACCGAGAGAGCGUGUCGAACUAUGCUCUGGUGGUGACCGCACGCGACGCAGGCUCGCCUUCGCUCUCCGCCACGGCCAGCGUGUCCGUGGAAGUGGCGGACGUGAACGACAACGCGCCGGCAUUCGCGCAGCCCGAGUACACGGUGUUCGUGAAGGAGAACAACCCGCCCGGCUGCCACAUCUUCACGGUGUCUGCGCGGGACGCCGACGCGCAGGAGAACGCGCUGGUGUCCUACUCGCUGGUGGAGCGGCGCGUGGGCGAGCGAGCGCUGUCGAGCUACGUGUCGGUGCACGCGGAGAGCGGCAAGGUGUACGCGCUGCAGCCGCUGGACCACGAGGAGCUGGAGCUGCUGCAGUUCCAAGUGAGCGCGCGCGACGCGGGCGUGCCUCCCCUGGGCAGCAACGUGACGCUGCAGGUGUUCGUGCUGGACGAGAACGACAACGCGCCCGCGCUGCUGCCGCGGCCGGGGGCGGGCGGCGGCGCUGUGAGCGAGCUGGUGUCGCGGUCGGUGGGCGCGGGCCACGUGGUGGCGAAGGUGCGCGCGGUGGACGCCGACUCUGGCUACAACGCGUGGCUGUCGUACGAGCUGCGGCCGGCGGCGGGUGGCGCGCGCAGCCCGUUCCGCGUGGCGCUGUACACGGGCGAGAUCAGCACGACGCGCACCCUGGACGAGGCGGACUCGCCGCGCCAGCGCCUGCUGGUGCUGGUGAAGGACCACGGCGAGCCGGCGCUCACGGCCACGGCCACUGUGUUGCUGUCGCUGGUGGAGAGCGGCCAGGCGCCCAAGGCGUCGUCGCGGGUGCUGGCGGGCGCCGCUGGCGCCGAGACGGCGCUGCUGGAUGUCAACGUGUACCUGAUCAUCGCCAUCUGCGCGGUGUCCAGCCUGUUGGUGCUCACGCUGCUGCUGUACACGGCGCUGCGCUGCUCGGCGCCGCCCGCGGAGGGCGCGUGCGCGCCUGGGAAGCCCACGCUGGUGUGCUCCAGCGCGGUGGGGAGCUGGUCGUACUCGCAGCAGAGGCGGCAGAGGGUGUGCUCCGGGGAGGGCCCGCCCCCGGCCCCGCCCCCGCCCGCGUCCAAGACCGACCUCAUGGCCUUCAGUCCCAGUGUACCUGACUCUAGAGACAGAGAGGAUCUGCCGCCAGUAACUGGAGAUUCCCUUUCAAAGGUUAGUUUUAAAUAUCCUUUAUUAAAUCUGAAUUUUUAAUCUAAUGUUUUAUUUUCCUUUAUUCUACCAAUUUCUUCCUAAUUAAAAAAAGUUCAGAAUGAAAUUUCCCUGACAUGUU